AUGCCUCAAGGAACCCUAGAUGUUCAUCUUAUGAAUGCCAAGGGUCUAAAAAACACAGAGUUCUUUGGUAAGAUGGAUCCAUACGUGAUCAUCCAGUGCAAAAACCAGGAGAAAAGGAGCAAAGUGGCAACAUCACAGGGGUCUAAGCCAGUAUGGAAUGAGAAGUUUGUUUUCCGAGUAACUGAGGGUGUUACUGAACUCAAAUUGACGAUCAUGGACAAGGACACUGCUGUCAGGGAUGAUUUUGUAGGAGAGUUAAGCAUUCCACUAAAAACACUAUUCCAAGAAGGAAAGUUCCCACCAAUGAAAUACAAUGUAUUAAGGAACAAAAAAUACUACGGAGAGAUUAAAGUUGGCCUCAGCUUCACUCCUUCAGUACAGCGCGAUAUUUCUGAAGAAUCCUUUGGCGGAUGGAAAGAGUCUUCACUCUAG